AUGAAUAUAGUCAAGUUCUGCGUGCUCUUGUUACUCUUUGUAACUAAAAGCCUCGCAGCGCCUUAUAGAUCUUCAAGCAGUUGUGGUUAUGAAUCGUGUAAUUUGGGCAAGCCGGAUAAACUCAACGUCCACAUUGUCGUUCACACGCACGAUGAUGUUGGCUGGUUGAAAACAGUCGAUCAGUACUACUAUGGAUCACAUAAAGAAAUUCAGAAACGAGGUGUUCAAUACAUUCUCGACUCAGUUAUGGAAGCAUUGGUGGAUAAUCCUGACCGUCGAUUCAUUUACGUUGAAAUGGCUUUCUUUUGGCGCUGGUGGAACCAACAAUCAAACGAUACACGUGACAUCGUAAAGCAAUUGGUAAACGAAGGUCGCUUGGAAUUUAUAUCGGGUGGCUGGUCAAUGGUUGAUGAAGCAACAACACAUUACAAUUCAAUCAUUGACCAACAUGCGUUGGGUGCCGAAUUUUUGUAUGAGACAUUUGGUGACUGUGCACGACCGAAAAUUGGCUGGCAGAUCGAUCCAUUUGGUCAUUCUCGAGAAGUUGCUUCGCUCUUCAUUCAGAUGGGGUUUGAUGGUCUGUUUUUCGGACGUGCAGAUUAUCAUGAUCUCAUCGAUCGUUCGACGAAGCGAACGAGAGAAAUGAUCUGGCAAACAACUUCUAAUUUAGAUCCUCAAAAUUGGCUUUUCACGGGUAUCUUACCACUUUAUUAUUUUGGUCCACCGUCAUUCUGCUUUGAUAUCACUUGUCGUGAUCAGCCGAUUAUGGAUGAUCCAAGUUUACACGAUUAUAAUGUGCCUGAACGCGUCGAAACAUUCAUUGGUGAAGCAUUAGCGCAAGCUGAAAUCUAUACAACUAAUCAUAUCAUUAUGACAAUGGGCGGUGAUUUUUUCGCCGAAAAUGCACAUCGUAACUUCAAAAACUUGGAUAAGUUGAUCCAUUAUGUUAAUCUACAACAAGAGAAUGGUAGUGAUGUGAAUGUCUUUUAUUCAACGCCCUCCUGUUAUCUGUAUGCGUUGAAUAAAGCCGGAAAGAAGUGGUCAACAAAAACUGAUGAUUUCUUUCCGUAUGCCAGUACACCCUUCGUAUAUUGGACAGGUUACUUCACUUCCAGACCAGCGUUGAAACGUUACGAACGUUAUGCUAAUAAUAUUCUUCAAGCGACCCGUCAGCUAAAUGGUUUUUCGCAGAUAAAUCGACGAAACGUUAUUUUUUCUUUCAGCGAAGCGAUGGGUCUAGCUCAGCAUCAUGAUGCAGUUAGUGGAACGUCGAAGCAACAUGUUGCCGAUGAUUAUACUCAACGACUCUCCGACGGUAUUGACCGAGCGACAGAAGUGAUCAAUAGUGCCUAUGCAAAAUUAUUACCGAAAGAAGGUCAAACAGCAUCGGUUCCUAAUCAAUUUCUUUGUCAAUAUUCGAAUAUCAGCGAAUGUCUUCCAAUUGAAGGACAAGAACAGUUCACAGUGACACUUUGGAAUCCAACUAUUCAUCCGGUGACAGUCUACCAUCGAGUGCCUGUCACAAAACAGUAUUUAAUUUACGAUCCAAUAGGAAAUCUUGUUUCAGCUGAAUAUCUUCCAAUUCCAAAUACAACCAAAAAUAUUCCUGGACGAAUGAGCUCUGCUCAAAAUCAAUAUCUUUUUGAAGUAACAUUGCCGGCACUUGGUUAUAAUACUUAUUACUUUCAAGCGAAAGGGCAACAAGGACCAGAUGACAAGAAGAAUGUAAUAACAACAGAAAACCAAGCAUGUAUUCUACAAAAUGAAUAUUUGCGUGUGGAAUUCGAUGAUCUCGGUAAUUUGAAACGCAUUGUCAAUUUGGCAAAGAAUUUGACCGUUUCAUUUAUCGAGCAAGGUUUAUAUUGGUACACUGGUUAUGCUCAUGUCAACAGUAGCGCAGUGUCACCCUCGUCAGGUGCUUACAUAUUCCGACCAUUGUUUCCACAAGCGCAACCUGUCAGUAUAUUACGUCGCAUAAAUUGUACUUACACUGAUACGAUGCAAAAAGCAUCGAUUGUUUUCAAUGAAUGGGCCAGUUAUGAGUUUAAUCUGUAUCGCAAUUCGUCAGUAGUUGAAGUCGAAUGGAUAAUGGGACCAAUUCCAGUCGAUGACAAUACUGGUAAAGAAAUUGUUAUCCGUUUUAAUACGAAUAUCAAUAAUGCGAAGAAAUACUAUACGGACGCUAACGGACGACAAGUUCUUGAACGCAUUCGUGAUUAUCGACCAACAUGGCAUCAUGUACCUGACGAUCCAAUUAGUAGUAACUAUUAUCCAAUUAAUAGCCGUAUUUGGAUUCAAGACGAAAGCCGACAAUUUACCAUUCUUACCGAUCGAUCGCAAGGUGGUGGAAGUAUGUACGAUGGAUCAAUUGAAAUUAUGAUCCAUCGUCGAUUAUUACGAGACGAUUCGAUGGGUGUCCGCGAAGCUCUAAAUGAAACAGCCUACGGUCAAGGUCUAGUUAUUUCCGGCAAACAUAUUCUCGUUCUCGAUCGACCAUCAGAUAGCGCCCGGUUGCAUCGUACGACAGCUCAGCAGUUAUUUAUGCAUCCACUAGCAACUUAUUCCUUGCCAAAUACAUCGCUUUCGAAUUACUCAACUAAGUUUCGUCAAACCUGGUCAGCUCUAUUGGACACGAUGCCAUUGAACGUACAUUUGUUAACAUUCGACCAAUUGUCACCUAAGCAAUAUCUUAUACGUGUCGAACACUAUUUUGAAGCGAACGAAGAUGCUUUCUACUCGAAACCAACUGCCAUCGAUCUUCAAACAAUGUUCAAAAGUAUAGGUAACAUAAAAGAUGUGAUGGAAUUGAUAUUAACUGCUAAUUUGCCAUUGACUGAUCUACAUCGACUUGACUGGACAGCAAAAGACCAGCAACCAUCACACAUAAAUACACUUCGACAAUCUUCGUUAAAUGCGACAACAAUAACUCUCAAUCCAAUGCAAAUUCGAACAUUUCAAAUCGACAUCGUCUAA